UCGAAGUGUCACACAUCUGUCAAGAGAGAGCAUAAAAAUGGCUCACACAGAAAUUUCUGUUUAUCAUUUUUUUUGUUAAUGUUUCAUUCAGAUCGAACGCAAUUCCAUUAGAAUAGUGCAAUCCAAUCGAUCCAAGUUAAUUUAAGUGCAACGUCAUUUUCAUCUAUCUUAAGUGUCGAGAGCAACGAUCGCGUGUAAAUUACGCGUUUUGAUUUAGAAUUACUAUUUCUGUGACGUUUUUUCCAUAUAAAUAUAAACUGCGAUCUUCUCUUUGUUUUCAUCAGUCCAAGGUAUAUGAAUAAAAAAAAACGAACGAACGAACAGCUGUGUAAUGGUCUCAGUGUGAAAAAUAUAAAGUGUGUUGUGUGGUAUAUGCAUAGUGAUAUUGUGACAUUGUGUUCAUUUGUACGAAUUUCACAGGUCAUCUGUGUGGCUGAUUGUUGUUUGUUGUUUUUAAGUCUUUUUUCGUACUUUUAGUAAAUAACUUUGUGCGAUCGAAAAUUAACUUUUUUUUUAUUUGUGGUGCUAUCAGUGGAUUUGGAGGAGACAUUCGUUGAGCUGUUCGAUGGUGUGUUGGUGUUCCUGAUAUAUCAAUUUUUGCGGCGAUUUUUUUAUUUCAUUUCUACUAUUACAACCAUACGCCAAACGCACCAAUGUGUAUAGAAUCAAAUCAGUCGUCGUUCAAGUGUAUGCGACUGUAAACAACCGAAAUACAAUUCUCCGUUCCGCGACUUGUUGGAUGUCGAUUGUGUACUCGUCCGCAUUCGAUACACCGAUAUGGCAAAUCCCGAUGUUAGAUACAGCUCGGUAACGAACGAAAGCAAUCCAUUCACCAGACAGCAUGCGGAAGCAACGAUUCAGGAUGACGAACUGGGCAUGGACAGCGACAAUGACGAUGCUCCGCAUAAUAGUGGCAUUUUGCUUCAUGUCGUGCCGGACACUAGUAAAUCUCGAUGGAAUCACAUCGAAGAUUUGGACUCGUUUUUCACGCGCAUGUACAACUACCAUCAGAAGCACGGUUUCUAUGUGAUGAUGCUGCAAGAGAUUCUCGAACUGGGACAAUUCGUUUUUGUCGUUGUGUUCGUCACGUAUCUCAUCCACGGCGUCAACUAUCCGUAUUUGUUCCGCGAAGUCCCAUUAGCGCAUAACAAGACCAAAGUCACUCUUGACGAUGUCAUGUAUCCGGUUGGCGAAUGUAUAUCGUCGAUAACGGCAACGUCAUGGAUCAUACUGUUCAUAGCGAUGCUGUUCUGGCAAUUUCGGACGAUCAAAGUGAUUUAUCAUGCGCUGCAAUACUACGACAUCAAAAAGUUUUACAACUCGGCGCUGAAAAUUGACGAUUCGGAGAUCGACAAUUUGACUUGGCACGAGGUGCAACAGAAAAUCCGCGAAGUGCAAUCCGAACAGCAAAUGUGCAUUCACAAGGCACAGUUGACCGAAUUGGACAUUUAUCACAGAAUUUUGCGAUUCAAAAACUACAUGGUCGCACUGAUGAACAAAAAUCUGCUGCCAUCGAAAAUCUGUCCACCCAUCAUCGGCGAAUCGGUGUGCUUUAGUCGUGGCCUACGCUACAACAUCGAAAUGAUUUUGUUCCGUGGUCCGUGGGCGCCAUUCGAAAACAAUUGGCAUUUGAAGGAGGAGUUCAAGCGAUCGAACAAGCGCAACGAAUUGGCACAGAAAUUGUCACGACAGAUCUUUUGGGUGGCAUUCGGCAAUUUACUGCUGUCACCAUUGGUGUUCCUGUGGUCGUUGAUGGUUUUCUUCUUCAGUUAUGCGGAUUUGAUCAAAAGAGAACCGGGCACGUUAGGGACGAGAUGCUGGUCGCAAUACGGCAUGUUGUACAUGCGACACUUCAACGAAUUAGAUCACGAAUUACAUGCAAGACUGAAUAGAGCCUAUCGACCCGCCGUGAAAUACAUGAGUUCAUUCUCGUCCCCAAUAAUGGCCGUGAUCGCCAAGAACAUAAUUUUUAUGGGUGGCGGACCUCUGGCAAUUUUAAUGCUGCUGGCCAUCUACGACGAGGAUGUUGUACAGGUCGAACGUGUGUUAAUGUUGAUGACAUUGCUCGGAAUCUCGGUUAUAUUCGCCAGAAUCUUUAUUCCCGACGAGAAUAUGAUCUGGUGUCCGGAACAGCUGAUGACCGCCGUGUUGGCACACACACAUUAUCUUCCCGUCACGUGGCGAGGACAAGCACACACGAGUCAGGUACGCGACCAAUUUGGUCACUUUUUCCAGUUCCGUGCCAUGUACUUACUCAACGAGCUGCUUAGUCCGCUAACGACACCAUUCAUAUUGAUGUUUUACCUGCGGCCACGAUCGCUCGACAUCGUGGAUUUCUUCCGGAAUUUUACCGUAUCGGUAAUCGGCGUCGGAGAUGUGUGCUCGUUUGCUCAAAUGGACGUUCGAAAGCACGGAAACAGAGACUGGCAGCCGACGCACAGUACGGAAGUCGAAAUGCCGGAAGUGUUGACACCGCUGUGUGAAACGAAUCAGUACACCCAAGGCGAAUUUGGCAAAACUGAACUGUCACUGGUCCAUUUCACACUAACCAAUCCCGGUUGGAAGAUGCCGAACGAGGCUAAACAAUUUGUGCACAGCAUCAAACGGCAUGCUAUGCAUGACAUUGAUCGCACUAGAAUCGGAACGAAUACAGCAAUGGAACAGAGUCUGUUUUCCGUCGGAAGUAUGGGAAGAGAGUACUCGUCGAUCGUCCAGUCAAUAAUGCAAGCCCAGAAACUGCUCGGUCCGAAUCAAAUGGUCUUUUCCGGUCUACAAUCGCACUACGGCGACAAUCGCAAUCCGUUUUCACCGACAACCAAUCUACCGACGGAUCCCAUUGAUCUGUCGUCGCAUCGCAGCUACCAUUUGGCUAACAUCAAUGAAGACGAUGCCGAACCGCCGAAUGCUCGUCCGGCCAAUUACGAACGAACCACACAGAGUGUACUCGGCGCAAGCAUGGGCAUGAGUAUGAUCGGUGGUAUGAGUCGACGUGAAGGACCGCCGCAAGCAUCACAAGACGGUUUGUUGUACAGCAUUUGCGGUGGUGGUCAUGUCGACAAUACCGUCGCACCGGAAUUCACCGCAACGGAUAUGUGCUUGAGCACGCUGUAUUUGCACGAAUUGCACCACAGACAGAUCAAGCGUCGAACGGGUACGGUUCGAUCGGAGCAUGGCCAAUCGUGGCAACAGCCGCAUCAGACCGCUUCGAUGGGUAUGUUGUCGACGGAUAUCGUGGGUUUCAAUCAACCGGGCACAUCGUCAUCGGUGGCUGUUGAACGGACACCACUUUUGGCACCAAAGAAAUCAUAGCACACGGCUGAAUGGGUCUAGACAGUCGGAUUACGUUUCGUUGGAGUUCCGUUGUUUUUUCGAAGAAUUUUUUUUUUACAAAUAUUUUACUGUAGAGCGACCCAACCGGACAACCGACUUUUGUUUUCCUAUGUAGAGAUAUGUAAAUAGUUGAAAGAUGAUAUCAGCGCUCGCGCUUUUUUUGUUAGUU